UCCCCUGAGCCGCACCCACAUCAUCUCGGCUUUCAAAUGUCAACCAUAUCUCGCAGUUCAGCGCAGUGUGGCAAUCUCUAUAACGCGAUUCCCAACAUACUAGGACCUUAUUGAAAGAUGGUCCAGGCCAGCUUCUUCUGCAGCUUCAUUGUGCUAUGUGGAUAUGCAGAGUCUUGUAUUCCACAUCCCAUUACGGUAGAUGUACCUGAGGAAAUCCCCCCUGGAUAUGUAGUCUGCAAAGUUAAUUUGGAGCAGUGUGGCACGGAGAAUUUGCUGGUGGGAACCAGCGAUCCGGCCUUCGAGGUGCAGGUGGAUGGGACUGUUACAGCCUCGCGCUUUACGGGGGUGCCGCGCAGAGGGAGAACCUUCUCCAUUUUGGUUGUGGAUGGAUCCGGCCUAAAGAGGGAGGUGCAGGUCAUCCUGAUGCACAGAGCUAAAAAGGUGUCCAAUAAUGGAGUUCUAAGGCGAUCAAAGCGGCGAUGGAGUCCCUUACCCUUCCAAAUAACAGAAAACGACAAACCACCUUUCCCAAAGGAUGUCGAAAUUGUUGGAUCAGAUUCUUCGGUGAAUCACACCGUGUACUAUGUCAUCAGCGGACCAGGGGUCACAGAGGAUCCCGUAGAUCUGUUCUCCAUCAACCCCAAGACGGGGAUGGUCCGAGUGAACAGGCCCGUGGAUCGUGAGCAGUAUCCCCAGAUUGUCUUUCAGGUGAGGGCAUAUAACGAACAAAACCGAGUGGAAACAGACAGACCCUUGUACAUCACAGUGAAUGUGCAGGACGAGAAUGACAAUGCGCCCCAGUUCACUGGCCCCAUGGAUUUUUCAGUGUUGGAGCAGAGCAAUGCUGGAACUCUGGUGGGAGUAAUUAACGCUACAGACCGAGAUGACCCUGCGACAAUUCAUACCAAGAUCAGGUACAAAAUCUUGAACCAAAUGAACCCAAUGUUCUCGAUUGACCCGAGAUCUGGUGUGCUUACCACUGCAACUGCUACGCUUGACAGAGAGGCUCAAGCCGUUCAUUUAGUUCCUUUGGAAAUCAGAGACAUGGAUGGAGAUCCCAGAGGCUUAUUUUCAACUGCAACAGCUACAGUUACGCUACAAGACAUCAACGAUAACCCACCCAUCUUCAGAUCGACAUCAUACAAAGCAAGUAUUGCUGAAAAUGCAGCUGAUGUGUUGCUUUUACGACUCCCUGUGGAUGACAAGGACUUGGUGAAUACUCCAAACUGGAGAGCGCAAUACUUCAUCACCAAGGGCAAUGAGACCGGAAAUUUCAGGAUUGACACAGACCCAAGGACUAACGAGGGACUCCUCACGGUUGUUAAGCCGUUUGACUACGAGAAGACGAGGAACGCAAAGCUGGAGGUGACCGCGCAGAACGAGGCCAAACUGGAGGGGACCAAUGCCAAAUGGGCCACUGUCCCAGUGGACGUCACUGUGACGGACGUGGAUGAAGGUCCUGAGUUCAGGCCACAGAACUUGGUCAUCCCUGUCAAGGAGGAUGUCCCCAAAGGAACCUCCAUUGGAACUUACACGGCAAUCGAUCCAGACACGGACACUAGCAAGGGAAUAAAGUACUACAAGCAGUCUGACCCCGCCCUAUGGACUGAAGUUGUGGAGGCUACUGGAGAAAUCAGGACCACGGGUACCUUGGACAGAGAGGCCCCAUUUGUGAAGAAUGGGACAUACAACGUGACCGUGAAAGCGAUUGACGAGACUAAAAAAUCUUCCACUGGGACCAUCACGUUAAGGAUAGAGGACGUGAACGAUAACGUGCCGGAGGUAAUCAAGAAGGACCUGACACUUUGUGAGGCAAACGAAAAGCUGGGGACGGUCGUUGUCGAGGCCGAAGACAAGGACGGCCCCCCCUUCUCUGCACCCUUCACCUUCCAGCUCGGAAACACAGAUGGCAAAUGGCAGCUGACCGACAUCAAAAACACGUCCGCAGUCCUUGUGCCAGCCCAGGACCUUCCCAAGGGGCAGUAUGACGUCCCCCUGACUAUCAAGGAUCUGCAGGGCCAGGGCAAGGAGCAGACUGUCAAUGUUAAAAUCUGCCAUUGCGUGAAGGGGGCGUGUUCAUCGCAGGAUUCUUCGAAAGUCCUGGGGAACUUGGGCUUCCUGGCCUUGCUGCUGCCGCUGCUUCUGCUAGCACUGCUCGCUCUCCUGUUAAUGUUCACAUGCACUACAAAGAAAGAGAAAAUACUGAUGGACGACGCAAGUGGUGGCAUGCUGCUCAAAUCCAACACAGAGGGGCCUGGCGAUGAAGUGUCUGCUGGUAUAGUUCCAUCCACGGCUGUGGACGGGUCUUUGAAAGGCUCCCAUGUGGGUAAAACGAACGGAACCAUCCAGCAGACGUGGAACCAAGGCUUAGCAACUGGCACCGGCAUUUACUCCAACUCUGGUGUCCUGAAGGAAGAGAUGGACCAGCUUGAUUAUGCCGGCCAGUUCAACUUACAUACCUGGAAGACAAAUGGGCGCUUUCUUGACCAGAAAAUGACUUACUUCUUGACGGAGGAUGAGGACCGUUAUGCAAAUGACCUCCUCAGGACGUACGGCUACGAGGGCCAAGGCUCCCUGGCCGGAUCAGUGGGCUGCUGUAGUGAAAUGGGAGACGAUCAAGGACUGGGCUUCUUGGACUCUCUGGGACCUAAGUUCAAAAUGCUGGCGGACGUUUGCACUAAGAAAUGAGGAUCAACUGGUGCCCUAACUGGAUUUGAGGCUCAAUGAAGACAAGAGCAAUGCCAGAGAAUGGAUACUGAGAUACUGCUGUGGCCUGGAAAUACAAAACACAACACAUUAAGAAAAUGUAACAACAUGAAACACAAUUGCUUCCACUCUCUCUUUUUUUGCGUUUUCUUUGUUUUGCGUUUUCCUAAUGUUUCUGUUUUUUAAUGUUUGGCACUUUGACUUUUUUUCAAACUGGAAGUAAAGAAACAGUAACGCAAAAAAAGACACAAGAAAUGAGAGAACAAUUGUGUUUUUAAUGCUUUUGCAUUUUCUUCACGUUUUAUGCUUUUAAUUAUUAUUUGUUGUUUUGUGUUUUAUUAAACGUUUUUGCAUGUACUUAUUUUCUUUGCCUUUUCUUUUAUUUUUCUUAGUUGUGCUAUUGACUUCAGAUUUAGAUAGUGAGAAGUUGUUAUUGUUCGUAUUUUUUACGCUUUGGCACUUGGAAUGUCUGCUUUUAUCCUUCUUGGCCGUUGUAUAGAAUGUGCUCUUUACAAGGUGCUUUUGCUCAGAAUCUGUGGGAACACGUCUAAUACUUCCUCUGGCUAAUAACUGAGCAUGAUGAACAAGAAACAAAAGUUUCAAUCUCUUGUACUUUUUCUCCGAACUCUGCUCAUUACCAUUUUACUUGUGCAGCUCUUGUUAAAUAACUGGCUCCGCUGUAUGUGUGUAACUGAUAACGGAAAUGUUUAGAAAUAGAAAUAUUCAAAUUUGAUAUACCAUCUGAAGUCACAGCCAGUCAAUAUUUUUCAGAUUAAGUAAACCUCUUUUUUAUUUUAAUGUAGGUUCAGUGCUUAUAAAUGUAUAAAUGUUUCUUUCGUUUCAUUUUAGUCACUCGGUCAUGUUAAAGUUAAAAUAAGGUGCCAUCUAUAUUUAGCCUCAAUUCGGGGAAGAAACAUACUAAGUCAAGUUAGGCAACAAGUCGACAUCUUAAAAGUUCUUAAAAUGUAUUUUCGCUAACAAUUAAGUUAUUUCAAACACAAAUAGGUCUGAAUCCUGACAACGUAAGUUACUUGGGUGUUCUCGAGGGCUCAGCGCGAGAAUGCCGCAUGUGCGUGACUGUAGAGGCUUGAGACCCAGUCCCCGUGGACAGUUUUACUCGACAAAGGACUGCGCUCCGCCCUCCUGUCUGUGCACGAUGCAUUGAUUGGGAUCUAAGAGUGCCAUUGCUACAAAACGCAAAGUUUACUCAGAAGCAACCAAAUGGCCAAUUAAGGUGUUUCUGUGUUUGGUUUGUACAUUUUCAUGUUAAUGUUUAGUGCACUGAAAAUGAAGGAAUUCAUAAUUUUAUGUUAAAAGAUGUAUACUUCCUUUAAAUGUAAAAAUGACAGAUGUACAUCUGACUAAAUAAAAAAAAGAGAACGAUUGUCUUUCAUGUAACUAUAGAUAAGCCCCAACUGUAUUUUUAAAACAAUGAAAUAAACCGGCAUCACUUUUCGAGUUUAA